AUGGUGGGUUCCCUGGACAUCUCUCUGCCCAGAGAUCUCUUCUCAAUCUUGCUUCUCCAGGUGUCCAUGUGGGGCUCAGAUUCAUUCACGGUCCUCGCUCCCUCGGAGCCCAUUGUGGCCCUGCUGGGCGCAGACACGGCGCUGCCCUGCCGCGUAGCCCCGGCCAUGAGCGCUGAGGACAUGGAGCUGCGGUGGUUCCGCUCGCGGUUCGCAGAUGCCGUGUACGCGUAUGAGGACCGAGUGGAGCAGACGGAGCAGCAGCUGGUGGACUUCCGAGGGAGGGCCGAGCUGGUGAAAGAUCACAUCGCCGAGGGAAGAGUGGCUGUGAGAAUCCGCAGCGUUAGGGUCUCAGACAAUGGGAUGUACACCUGCUUUUUUAAAAAAGGAAAUGAUUUUGAAGAAGCGAUUUUGGAGCUAAAGGUGAUCGGUCUGGGCUCUGGUCCUAAUGUUUUCAUGGUGGGUCCAGAAGAUGGAGGAAUAAGACUGAAGUGCACAGGCAAGAGAUGGUUCCCCCAGCCUGAGGUACAAUGGAAAGAUGUGACGGGAGAAAAGAUACCUUCUCUCUCUGAGGACAAGACCCAAGACGAUGAUGGGUUGUUUCAAAUUGAGGCUUCUCUCAUUGUGAGAGACAGCUCAUGGAGAGAGGUGUCCUGCACCAUGAAGAACCCCUUCUUUGGACAAGAGCAGGUGGAAACCAUUUUUAUCCCAGAGCCCUUCUUCCCUAGGACCUCUCCUUGGAAAGUAGCAUUCGCUGUGACUUUCCUCAUACUUGGGAUUUUCAUCGGUGCUGUUGUAUUUUUGACCUGGAAAGAGCAACAGGAAAGGAAGAGAGCAAAGGAAGCCCAGGAGGAAAAAGAAAAAGAAAGCCAAGCCAAAGAAUCAUUCAAGAAAGAGCUUGACAGAAAGAAGGAAUUAUAUAAUCAAGACUGGAGAAAAGCUGGGUUAUAUGCUGACUGGAGAAAGGAACAUUUCAAAGCAGUGGCUGUUACUCUGGAUCCAGACACAGCUCAUACCAAACUCAUCUUAUCUGAGGAUAGAACACAUGUUUCUUCAAAAGAAAAUGUUUCUCAGAACCAUGAUGGCCCCGCACAGCAAGAGGACACCUUCAGUGUUCUGGGCCAGAAUUGCUUUACCUCAGGGAGACAUUACUGGGAGGCAGAAGUAAAAGUGGGAACAGAAGGUGGACCCGGAACCAGAUGGGCACUGGGUGUCUGCUCAGAUACAGUGAAGAGAGAGGGGUGGUUUGUAGAAAGUCCAGAAAAGAAUUUCUGGGUGGUGGCAUACAAGGAAGGGGAAAUCAGGGCUCUCACUUCCCAAUCAGAGCCUCUGUCACUGAGGCAGUGCCCCCAGAGGAUAGGAGUGUUCCUGGACUGGGAGGCUGGGGAUGUGUCCUUUUAUAACAUGGCUGAUGGAUCUCACAUCUAUUCCUUCACUAGAAUCCAAUUCUGUGGGAUCCUCCGUCCUUACUUUAGCCUUCAGGGUCCUGGCACAUCUGUGGCCAUCUCCCCAGCCUCAGAUCACACUGAAAAUUGUCCUGAUUCUUCUCCAAAGACCUCUGUGACUCACUCAAGGAGUUCUGAUAUGGGCGUCCCCCAAGAAGCUAACUCUCUGUUACCUCCAUAA